AUGCCAGUACUUUUCUGGAUCUAUGGAGGCGGAUUCUACCAAGGGAGUACUAGCCAAUACAAUAUGACCAACUUGGUUGAGCAGAGCGUCAAGAGGGGGACCCCCGUCAUGGUCGUCACGUCGAAUUACCGAGUAGGCCCGCUAGGCUUCCCCCAAGGGAAUGAAGCGCAAGAUGAUGGCGUGCUGAACCUUGGCAUUUUGGACGCCAAAGUGGCUCUUGAGUGGGCGCAGGAGAAUAUCGGCGCGUUUGGCGGCGAUGACAGCAAGAUCACCGUCUUCGGUCUCAGUGCAGGGAGUAUCAUCAUUAGCAUCCUUAUGCUUGAUCCCAAUUUCUCUGAGUUAGCCCGCGCAGCUAUAUUGGAGUCCGGCUGGGCUGCCACACUACCCCUCAAGUACCCUACCGACAACGAAGCCGCAUGGCGCUCCUUCGUUCACGGAAUUCCCGAGUGCGCAUCGACCAUAGAUAAUAGCACGACCCUGGACUGCCUUCGCGGUCUCGAUAACUCGAGCGCAUUACUUGCGAACAUCAAUCCACAAGAUGCAUACGGAGCAAGUCUCUUUCCGUUCGGUCCCGUCAUCGACGGUCCUGGAGGCGUCGUGCCCGAUCUUCCCUCGAAUUUGUAUGCACACGGAAAUUACACACUGUUGCCGACAAUAUCUGGGAAUGUCCUUGACGAGGGCACUUUGUUCGUUCCCAAUCCAUACGCGAAUCUGACGACAGACACGAUCGUCGACGUCUUCAUCAAGAACUUCUCUACGCCGCUCAUCGACGCCGAGGUGUUCAGCAGCUCGAUCGCGAAGGUUGUGUCGCUUUACCCAGAAGACCCAUCCGCGGGCUCGCCUUAUGGCACUGGCAACGAGACCUUCGGUCUGCAUCCUGGAUACAAACGAAUCGCUUCGUUGGUCGGUGAUAUCAACUUCGACGCCCUACGUCGCGGAUGGGCGCAGAUGUCCGCCUCAGCGGGGGUGCCGACGUAUAAUUUUCUCUUCAGUCAGCCUCAGCCUGGGUAUCCGCCAGCGCUAGGAGUUCCUCAUGGGUCCAAUAAUGCAUACCAAUUCGGGACGGAGGAGCCCGCGGACCUCGCCCUUGCGACGGCCAUCAUGGACUACUGGCUCUCUUUCGCGACGAGCUUGGAUCCGAACGAUGGAUUGGGCUCUGCGAGACCGGAAUGGCCUGCAUAUGAUGUGGACACCGAGGUGCUACUGCAGCUCCAGGACGGCAAUAUCACGACCAUACCGGAUGAUUAUCGCAAAGAGAAGAUCGACUUUGUUCUCGAGAACCCACUUGUAUUCCACCAUUGA